AUGAUUGCUAGCGGCGAUUAUAAGAUCAGCAUUGAUAAGCUUGAAGGACCUGAGGACUGGGCCAAAUGGAAAUGGCAUAUUUCUAUGGUUCUGUGUUCAUAUCGACUAGAAGAUAUUAUUAACGGUACACGUGAACGUGUAGAGUUGCCGCAAGAUGCGACAAGUGCACAAAAAGAAGCGUAUGUGGAAUGGCACAAGGACGACGCAAAGGCAGGAAGUCUUAUAGCAAGUGCGCUAAGUAAACCUGUUGCAGAACUCGUCUUAACAUGCAAGAAUGCUAAAGAAAUCUGGGACAAAUUACGCGCCCGAUUUGAACGUAGCAGUUCUCAGCGUUUGAAUAUGUUGAUUGAAACAUUUUUCCGUGUUAAACGUAAAGAAACGGAAGAUAUUAGUGCACAUGUGGCCAAACUGCAAAAGUUAUUUGUGGACCUGAACGAUGAAUUAGCAAAACAUGAAGAAAAUACGCUAUCUGAAAGAAUCUUAAAUGGUCGAAUUUUGUCUACACUGGGAAAAGACUACGACAGUUUUAAGGAUCUCUGGGAUACGAUACCGACAGAAAAGCAAAGCUUGAAUUUAUUAGUUGAAAAACUCUUUACUGCUGAACUGCUUGAACAAGACAUUAAUGGAAGUGCAGCUUUCGUCGUUUCUAAAACAAGAAAACGGCAAACAAGUAAUCAGCUUUUAAAGAUGACGAAGUCACAAUUAAAACAGAAGUUUCCGUGUAACAUAUGCAAACAUUUAGGCCACUGGGCAGCAGAGUGUCCACAGAACACUCGUGACAGCAGUAAAAGAAAAGAGAAGAAGCGAGAAAGUGAACACGCUGCAUUUACUUCAUAUGCUAUGGGUGUGUGUACCAGUAAUCACAGUGACCCAAAUAAAUGGUAUUGCGACAGUGGCGCUACAAAUCCUAUCACUCCCAACAAACAGUAUUUUGCUUCGUAUAGUGAAUUUGAUGAUCCUCAAGUAAUUUCAUUGGGAAAACAAGAUGUCAAAAUGUGUGCGUACAGUCAAGGAACAGUUUACGUCCAAAAUCGACGAAACAAUGCUAGAAUGGACAAUAUCUUGUAUAUGCCUGAUGCAGGUGCUAAUCUGUUCUCUGUGAGAGCCAUUGCCUGCAGAGGCUACAGUACCAAUUUAAGUUAUAGUAAUGUCUGUGUUCGAAAACAAGUCAAUGGCAAUAUUGUUAUGACAGGUUAUGUGAAAAAUUGA